AUGUUUUCCACGCAGAAUCCACCAGCGAUACAGCGAAUACCUUGGCCAGCAUCAGAAGAAGUCGUGGGGGAACGAGGAUCUGACGAAGAGGAGUAUGGAACGAGGCGGAGGAAACUUGACAAUUAUGACCAAUGGAUAAUCAAUGAUGGCGAUUUCGCGUGUUUAGCUGAGCCUGAAGUGACAAUUUCACAACUUCUACACGAUCGAAAUACCGGUGUAGACAGCUGGAUUGCAUCUGACGGAAGGGCGUGUAUUGUUUACCUCAUUCGGAAUGACGAACCUUCGUCAGAAGAACUACCUAGUGAUUCCAAGAACGCUUCAAACAUCAACCUGUCCGAAAACGACCAACUUCAAACCCAAAAGCUUGACAAUCCCCGUUUUGCUGAUGGGCAAUGGAAUGUAUGGAUGGGUACGUGUAUACACCACUUUGAGACCCCUCGUUGGGUACAGAGACAAAGGCGUGUUGAACCGGAAGAACACGGCUCGGUCUACUUUGAACCCAGGCGUGCGGUUCGACUGGCCAUCAAUGCGAAGUUUUCGUUAAUUGCGGUUGGCAUGCUCGGGUGA